UUCUACUAUAUUUUAUGCGAGCGGGUCCUUCUACCAAUGUCAACCCGCCUAUAAUUAUGCACACUCUGGAUUUUAUAGGUCUGAGAGUUAGCGCAUUUUAAGCAAACAGAAGGUAUAGUUACUUUAAUUAUCGUAAACAACGCUAUGCAGCCAAUCUGCUGUGCUCCAGCCUCGGUAGCAAGAGAAUAUUUCUUUUGUACUGCAGGCCGCGGCAUGGAACGUUUUGUGUCAGAAGAAGUGACGCGCAAAGCUUCUGCUACUGAAGUUGAAGUCAUGCCUGGGAAAGUGUUUUUCUCAGCUGAAUCGGAUCUGUGCAAACUUAAAAAGCUGAAAUCUGCAGAACGACUGUUUUUGCUACUGAUAAAAGGGCCCUCACUCUCUCUUCCUAAAAACAAAGGAAAAGCAAUAUCUGCAUUAAGGAAAUAUUUGAUUGAAGAAGAUCCUCAGAUGUGGGUGGAUAAAUUAGACUUAUGGAACAAACUCCAGGAGCCAUUAAAUCGGCAAACUAAUCAAUGUCAAAAUAAAGCUCAUAAGCGAAAAUUAGAGAGAGAGACAACUUUGUACGAAUCAAAGUCCAAGCAAGACCAAACUGCUCAUGACAGUAACUACCAGUCUAAUGACCAAAAAUCGAAUAUAGUCAUGAAUCAACCAGUAAUUCAUAUAGAAGACAAAAAUUAUGCUAAUGAUGAAAAAAAUACCAACAAGCGAGAUUCAAAUUUAGAAACUUUACCAAUUACUUUUAGAGUUUCAUGCCGAUGUACUGGUGCAAAUGGAAGAAUAUUUACCGCGCAGGAGGUGGGCAAAGUAAUUGGCUUAUGUCUUAUGAAACAUUUUGGCUGGAAAUCUGAUCUUCGAAUGCCUCUAUUGGAGGUUUUCGUGCAUCUGAAUGACAAUUAUACAGUAGUGGGAUUACCUAUAAUGAGGCACCCUUUGGCAAGCAGAGAAUAUAUACAGCGUACAGGUCUGAGAUCUACCACAGCCUGGGCCAUGACUUCACUUGCUGAAGUCAGUCCAGGAUUCAUUGUCCUUGACCCAAUGUGUGGAGUAGGAACAAUCUUGUUGGAGGCAGCUCAAGAAUGGCCUGGUGUUCAUUUCUUGGGAAUUGAUGUAAAUGACUCUCAGCUGAAAAGUGCAGUUCACAAUACCAAAACAGCAGCUCUUACACAUUCUAUAGAGUUUCUAAAAGGAUCUAUUUUAGGACUGCCAAUACGCUCAGAGUAUGUAGAUGUUUUGAUUUCAGACAUUCCAUUUGGAAAAAAGUUUACAGCUUCAAAAUGCAUAAAACAGUUGUUACCUGAUAUUCUUCGAGAGAUGGAAAGAGUCGUUCGUGUUCAAGGAGUUAUUGUAUUGCUGCUCAGCCAAAGCCUUCAUCAUCACCUGAAAGCAAAUUUUCGAUUCAAGGCUGUUGAGGACAGACACAUUGCCAUGGCUAAGGGUGAUUCACAUCCUGAGAAGAAGAAUGAAUGUACCACAAAUAAAGAAAGCAUGGAGAGCAAAAUUAAUUCAUUUGAGUCUUUGAUCCAUGUUGAGUCACAUGCAGUAAGCCUCGGAGUGACUGAAGCUGUAAUAUUCAAAUGCAGAAAGACAUGAACAUCAUUGGCUGGGGAUAUAUCUAAUAUUUUCAGAGUUUUUCACAGUUAUUCUGAAGAUUUCUAUUUUUGUAAUUUGAAAAUGCACAGACACAUUAUUUACUGGAUUAGCUUUAUUUUGAAAUGAAACUGAAAAAAAUAUUCAAGUUUGUGUAUAGUGAAUGUUUGUCCCUUUCACUUAAAGGGACAUUGAACACGUUCAGAUUGUAAUAUAAAAUGUUUUAUUAUGUGCAGUGAACAAACUUUUCCCCCAUUUCCUGUAAUUUAACUUAAUUCUGCUCAGUUUCUACAAAGUAAUGGGCGCUGACAUAUUGAAACCUAGGUUUCCCCUUAUCCAGCUUCUUCUAAGUACAAUUAGGGACAAAUAUUAAACAGUCAAUUAAAGGGAGUUUGCAAACAAUAAACAUGUGGAAACCCUGUUAGCCUUGUUUGUACACAUUCUUUUUUAUUGACUGUUUUAUAUAUGUUCUUAAUUGUCCUAUGCAGAACAGAUUACGGUAAACCUAGGUUUUAACAUCACAGGGCACCCAUUACAUUAAAGUAUGUUAUAUAAAUGAAGUACAUCUACAUGAUAUUCUUAGGGUAAUCUCUGCUUUCAGCACAUCGGUAUAUUGUCAUUUAAUGUCACUUUAAUGCUGGACAAAUAGCAGCAGCAAGUUCUCAUGGUCCCCAACUUGUCUAGAAUAUGCUAUUAUUUUAGUUCACAAAACACCUAAACUAACUAUUUUUAUAUUCCCUCAUUUUAUCUUCUUUCUGCCCACAAAUAUUGUACAUUUAACCCUUUUGCUAUGGUUCCAAUAUUGUCCAUUUGAGAGAUUGGAGGCCACCAAUAGUCAUUGGAAAGAAACCGGUUGCCUAUGAAAAGUGAAGCUUAUAGACUUCACUGAUAAUUUAUUAUAAUGGAGUGUUCCAAAUUCCAAACACUAGGAUAAAGUCUGGCAGAUUAAGAACUUUUUAGCAAUGUGCAUUAGCAGCAUCUUCAUUACUAUAAAAUGCUCAAAAAGCCCCAAAAGAUUUUGCGUGAUUCCUCGCCAUUUUAUUAAAAUGAACAUCCGCAGCAAACAAAAUGGUCAUUUUAAACUUAAAACCUUUUCAAAUUUACCCACUAUGUUAAUUUGCUGCAGCAAUAUCUUGUAAUUACAGAGUGUCUACUUAACCCCAAUCCUAACCAUAAUCAUUACCUUACCAUAGAUCCAGAAAAUUAGCCACAAAAGUGUUGUACCAGGAUGCAAUGUGUGCAGAGUAGUGGAUACUGACUCUUUGCUGCUUGUUGGAAUGUUAAAAAGCAAUUGAAGCAUUUUAUUGCAAUCUAUUGAUGUUGGCACUAUGUAGUACUGUCACUUUACUUUACAACACUAACAUACUAAAAUAAUCUGCUUAUCCUCAUCUGCAAUAACAUGUGUGACACUUUUUUAGAUUCAGAUUGAAUAACAUACUAAGGAAAUAGUAAUAGAGUGAAUUGUUUAAAAUUGAAAAGCUAUAAAGAAUGAGGCUGUAUCACCAUAGUGAAAGUAUAGCUUAAUAAAGUAGACAGAACUGAAAAACAUUGUUCUUCUCAUACCAUAUAUGACUUGAAUGCUGUCCUAUUCCAAAGUAAUGCUGCAGUAACUCUCUCCAUAAUGCUUAAUUGGGUGGAGAUGCCAACCCAUUACGAAAGUGCUUGGCAGCACCCUCUCCCAGCACAGACUCUGCCAGUACAACAUUGUUGAAGCAAAACCAUGUUGUUUAUGCAACAUGGUCUUACAAUAGCCUUUAUAAAUUCUUCUGAUAAUUGAUAGCAUGUUUAGCGUACUAUUUAUUACUGUUGGCUGCAAUAGUAAGUAUAAUGUUCAGAGGUAAAAAAUCCAGCAUCAGUUCUAUUAUAUAAUGAGUUUUAUAAUCAGACUUCUAAGCAAAUCUGAAAUAAGGAAGAAACAUUUGGAUUGCUGUAUUUUUUUGUGUCAUACAAAGUUAAUUCUACAUAUAUUGUAACUUGUUUUUAAAUAUUAUUUCCUCUACAACUGUCUAUUAGAUGUGUUUAUUAUUAAAAUCCAGGGUGUCAUAGAGCAUGGGCUGAUGACAAAAAGUUUGUUUGCAUUUAAUUGUGUGACUUUUUUCAUUAAAGUGACAUUAUACACUA